ACUAGCUCGAUCUCCGACUUCGACCAGCCUCGACCUCAAAGGCACUGCCGCUGAUCAAGUUAUCGUCUUCUUCCUUGCGAAUCGAGGUUGAAGUAUUCAAGCAGCAGAUUCAAGUGCUUACACUCAUGUAUUCCGCAAUCGAAACUGGACAGGAGAGCGGCGAAUUCACUAAGACACCAAAAUCUGAGACCUGCACCCUUCCAUAUUUAAACACUGAUGCGGCUUCCUCCUUUUCUUGCCACUUUUCGUGCUCUGCUUCCACGUCCUAGUCGACGACAAAAGCGCUUCUCUCUCUGGGGCUCUCUUACAAAACACAGAUCCUUCUCAAGUUCUCACCUGCGCUUGCUGAACGAUUCUAAACAGCUUCUUACCUGAACUACCUUGCCAAGUUUUACAUUAACCUUGUCUUGUCAUGUCUCGUGAGGCCUCUCAUCUACCCGAUCUUACCAACACCCGCAUAGACUCUGGGCAUCUGCACCUCACCUCCUUCCUCGGCGCCGGAGGCUUCGGGAAAGUCUAUCGAGCCGUCGACACAAGGACAUCAUCCGACGACCCAUCGCUGUACGCAGUCAAGUGUCUCCGCAACGAUGCACUAGGGACACCGCACGUCACCGCGAUCCGCCGCGAGCUGCGACUGCAUGCAUUUCUGCAGGAUCUCUCAGGUGUCGUCUCGUUCGAGCGGGCGUUCAUCGAGGACGACUUCGUGUUCGUCGUUCUUGAGCUCUGUGCGAUGGACGUGCACCGGUUCGCCGUCGUCGAGAGGGGCCGCAGGCGCGGGCCCGAUGCCAUUCGCACGCUGUUCCUCGAGAUGGUGGAUGCCGUCGGGCAGAUGCACGACAGGGGCGUGUUUCACCGCGAUCUCAAGCCGGGCAACAUCCUCUGUGACGAACGCGGCCGCGAGGUGAGGAUUGCGGACUUUGGGCUGGCGACGAGUGACGAGUGGCCGACGGAUGGCCAGUGGGGGACGACGUCGUUCAUGAGUCCCGAGGCUAUGGAGGCCGGUAGAUCCGGUGUCUACUCUGCCAGGGAAUGCGACUACUGGGCGCUAGCCAUCACCUUCGUAGUUCUCGUCACUGGGAGCUACCCCUGGGAAGCUGCGCAUGUCUCUGACAAACGAUACGCCGCCUUCCGCACCGAUCCCGUCGCCUUCCUGAACAAAUACGUCCGGCUUAGCGUUCCCGCGACGAAUUUCAUCCGCUGGAUGCUGGACCCCGCUGCUCGGAACCGACCAACACUCAAACAGAUCAGGGACACGGUGCUCCAGAUUGACUGCUUCCUGCUACCAGCCCGCGAGAAGAGAGUGAGGAGAGUGUUGCCGCCCGCGGUCAGCAGCAUCCCGGUGGUGUGUGCUUUGCCGAGCCUGGAUUCAGAGGCCCCUUCGGCGUUGCAGAGCGGAGCGUCUGGCGCACAUCCUGCUCCUCAGAGGCAGGGAGUCAAACGGAGGGUAAAGGGCGCCGUGCGGAUGCCGAUGCCGAGACAGGGUGCUGGAGACGUCCAGUCCAUCCCGAGUAAGAUGUCGAAGCAGAUGCCCGUCGCCGCGAUCUCCUGUCGCCGAGGAUCCAUCGAGAACCCAUCCAGAGCAGCUGCAGCCGUAGUCGCCGCCCCGCCCCAGCGCAAGUCCAUGCCGAAUCAGGCAACGACGCGGAUGCCCAUCCCCGCCGUCCCUGGGCACAGAGGGUCCUUCGCGCGCUCGAGCAGGCAGCGCGCAGCCGGAGCGGUCGUCCGGGUCAAUUCGAACAGCCUACUUUCCCACCGUGGAGCUCAUUUGGCAGCGCCCCAGAACACCCAGCUUGUUCACAUCCCGCUUCGACUCUUGUCCGAAGCUGUUCGAGCCCACCCUCUACCCCCCAGCGGCUACAAGAUGAACGGCUUCGACAGGAAAGAUCGUGACGCGUCCUCGUCCAGCUCCCAUGGCGGGCACGUCGUCGACCACAACGCUCCGCAUGUGACAGACGAGCCUGAAGCUGCUCCGCGGCGCGCCGCCGAGCCCGGGAAACAGGGCCAUAUCAUUCAAGUGCAGCCGUUGAAGCGAGGGGAGAUGCAGGUGCAACAUGGACUGUACGGCUCGCUCUUGCAAGGUCUCGGCACCAUCGUCGGUCUAUGUGGCAUGGUUCCCUGCUGUCCUUUCCCGAACCCGUUCCGUGAGGUGCAACAGGGUUCCGUGGGACUCGUCUCCCGCUUCGGCCAAUUCUACAAGUCCGUCGACCCGGGUCUCGUGCAGGUGAACGUGUGCACGGAAUCGCUCAAGACAGUGGACGUGAAGAUCCAGAUCAGUCCCAUUGGGCGGCAGAGUGUCAUCACGCGGGACAACGUAAAUGUGGAGAUCGACUCGGUCAUCUACUUCCAGAUCACGAACCCCUACCGCUCGGCAUUCGGCAUCAGCGACCUACGCACGGCGCUCAUCGAGCGGGCGCAAACGACGCUCCGACAUGUCGUCGGCGCGCGGGCGGUGCAGUCCGUCGUUACUGAGCGCGAGGCGAUUGCGUUCGAGAUCGCCGAGAUUGUGGGGGACGUCGCCGACAAGUGGGGUGUGGCCAUUGAGGGCAUCCUGAUCAAGGACAUCAUCUUCUCUCCCGAGGUCAGCGCGAGCUUGAGCAGUGCCGCGCAGCAGAAGCGUUUGGGAGAGAGUAAGGUCAUCGCUGCCCGCGCAGAGGUGGAUGCCGCGAGGCUGAUGCGGCAGGCUGCGGACAUCUUGGCCAGCCCCGCUGCGAUGCAGAUCCGGCAGUUGGAAGCUUUGCAAACGAUGGCCAAGACGGGCAACAGCAAAGUCAUCUUUGUACCGAUGCAGCUGCAGUCGGACGUCACUGGCCAGCUGGCCGGUGCGUCGUCCUCUGGAUCCAACUACGGGGCGAUGAUCCAGAAUGAGGCCGGGUCGGACAGCGUCGGUCGGGCUGGUCUGUUGGGCAGUGUCUCCAAUCUGUGAGGAGGCUACUUCGUAGGAUUGCCCAUUGUAAGAGUGCUGUGUUGAUGUGACCCAUUCUCUACUACUCUAUGCCUAUGUCUGUUGUUAUCUAGUUGUGCUCGUUUUGUAACAUCUGAACCCGUUGCUUUGCCGGGGAUGUCGUGGAUGACAGAUGCGGAAAGACUUGUCCGUAUGUGCAGCACAUAACCGAGUCCUCUCUGAUCCACGUUUUGGGCAGCUGGUGUCUCUAACAUCGCUUGUGUCCAACUAUUCACUGUACCAGACCCUGUCUGACCCUCCAGGGUUAUCUUUAUCACCCAGCCACACCAAGAUCCGGAAGUCCGCCCCCCAAGUUGGGACUCGCCCAGGCGCUGUCCAGAUGAUCACGCAUGUCGUUCUAGACAUUGCACUGCGACACCGUGUCUGAAGAUGGACACGCUCUCGAGCGCGCUCGACUCUGCGCUGUGUGAUCGGAUGUCCGACUGCUGUCGACUACGCAGAGAGUGUAUAUAUAAUGGAGGCUGGGAUUGACAAGGACUACAAUUCACCACCACACCUCUCCAGCUAGCAGAGCCAGCGCACAAACCACGAUGUCUGCUUCUUCGCUUACACGAGCCUCGCUCCCCGUCCUGCGAACCGCGCUACUGCGGCACAACGCUUCCCAGACACAGGCGUGGCAAGCCGGGGGCAGGAGGCUCUCCCAUGGGCAGCCCUAUCAUAACAUGCCGUUUGAUUACUCAAAUUCAAGGACGUUCGCGGUGAAGUGCUUGGCCUACAUGGGUUUCGGCUUUUCGCUUCCGUUCGUGGCGAUGGGGUGGCAGUGGUACAAACCUGGAGGAUUCAAGAAUCAUUGAUCUGGCUGCGCUUCCCUUUGUACGAUAAAGUAUGCGGGUAUUAAUGAAAUGUAGAGCGUUAGAAUUUUGUUGUAUAUACUUUCUCUUCGCUUGCAAGUGUUCGCGUGGAGAGAGUGGAUCUC